GUGUGUGGGUGUGUGUUUGGGAAUUCACCUGGUUGACGUCACACAUGCACUCCUCUCCACCGCGCGCUGCCACAGAGCCGCAGUACAGAGCCAGACACGGACACGGACACAGAGAGAGCUUGAAUUAACUGCAGCCCACUUCGACACUUCCUUAAACACCAUUGAAGAUUUUGAAGUCGCACCGCUGGGAAAACCGCGGUUCAAAAACCAAACCCGGGAUAAAAAACAACUCGCCACUGACAACACACUUUCCAGCUCAGCGGAAGAGGAGGCUUCGUUGAGUGGUCACCAUGGCACCCUUCCUGCGUAUCUCCUUCAAUGCUUAUGAUUUGGGCCUUCUGCCUCCUCUGUCUGAGCCUCCAGUCUGCGCCAUCAAGAUGAAGGAGUCUGUCAACACAGAGCGAGGAAAGACCUUGGUCCAGAGGAAGCCCACCAUGUAUCCGGCCUGGAAGUCCACUUUUGAUGCUCACAUCUAUGAAGGGCGCGUCCUAGAAGUGGUCCUGAUGGAGAGUGCUGAGGAGUCAUUGGCCAAGGCCACUGUGGGCCUGUCUGUACUGGCAGAACGCUGUAAGAAGUCCAAGACCAGCGGCCAUACUGAGUUCUGGUUGGACCUGCUUCCUACAGGGAGGGUCCAGAUGGCGGUGCAGUUCUUCCUGGAGGACACAGAUGCAGCGUCUUGUCAGCCAUCAGUGAAGGUUUCUCCCGAGGAUGGAGUCUUAACCCUCAACAGGAGGAGAGGAGCCUUCAAGCAGCCCAAGGUUCACUUAAUCAAGAACCACGAGUUCACCGCCACCUUCUUUGGCCAGCCCACCUUCUGCUCUGUCUGCAGAGAGUUUGUCUGGGGGCUCAACAAGCAAGGCUACAAGUGCCGACAAUGCAAUGCGGCAAUCCACAAGAAAUGCAUCGAAAAAAUCAUUGGCAAGUGCACUGGGACAGCGGCCAACAGCCGAGACACUAUGUUCCAGAAAGAGCGCUUCAAGAUUGAUAUGCCGCAUCGCUUCAAGUACUAUAACUAUAAGAGCCCCACUUUCUGUGACCACUGUGGCAGUCUGCUCUGGGGUCUCUACAAACAGGGCCUCAAAUGUGAAGACUGUGGCAUGAACGUACAUAAUAACUGUCAGAAGAAAGUGGCCAAUCUGUGUGGAAUCAACCAGAAACUACUGGCAGAGGCUCUGCUUCAAAUCACUCAGAAAUCUGUGAAGAAACCUGAUUCCUCCAAUGCAACAGAUAUUGGGAUAUAUCAAGAUAUCCAAAGUGCAACAGCAGACCCUAGUGCAGAUGGCAAUGGCAAGGCAGUCGAGGGCCCGAACCGAGCCCCAGCCGCACCUACAGUUCCCCGGGUACGCCUCAACAUGAGCCACCUGGUGUUCCACAAAGUGCUGGGCAAAGGCAGCUUUGGCAAGGUGCUGCUGGCAGAGCUGAAGGGGCACGGCCAGUACUUUGCUGUGAAGGUUCUGAAGAAGGAUGUCGUUCUCAUGGAUGACGACGUGGAGUGCACCAUGGUGGAGAAGAGAGUCCUGGCCCUCGCCUGGGAGAACCCCUUCCUCACACACCUCUACUCCACCUUCCAGUCUAAGGAGCACCUCUUCUUUGUAAUGGAGUACCUGAAUGGAGGCGACUUGAUGUUCCACAUCCAAGACAAAGGCCGCUUCGAUCUCAACAGAGCCACAUUCUAUGCUUCUGAGAUACUAUUGGGACUGCAGUUCCUCCACUCAAAAGGAAUCAUCUACAGAGAUCUGAAGCUUGACAAUGUGAUGCUGGACAAGGAAGGACACGUAAAGAUAGCCGACUUUGGCAUGUGCAAAGAGAAAGUGUUUGGAGAUGCCAGAGCCACCACAUUUUGUGGCACACCAGACUAUAUCGCACCAGAGAUCCUGCUCGGACAGAAGUACACCUUCUCCGUAGACUGGUGGUCUUUUGGUGUACUGGUGUACGAGAUGCUGAUCGGUCAGUCACCUUUUCAAGGCGACGACGAGGAGGAGCUGUUUGAAUCCAUCAGGUCGGACACCGCUCACUACCCUCGCUGGAUCAGCAAGGAGUCCAAGAGCCUAAUUGAACUGUUGUUUGAGCGAGAUCCCAGUCGCAGGUUGGGUGUGGUGGGAGACAUCCGUGCCCAUCCGUUCUUCAAAACCAUCAACUGGUCAGCACUGGAGAAGAGAGAAAUGGAACCUCCUUUUAAGCCCAAAGUGAAAUCCCCCAGUGACUGCAGCAACUUUGACCGAGAGUUCCUGAGCGAGAAGCCGCGGCUGUCACACGCGGACAAAAACCUCAUCGAUUCCAUGGACCAGGCGGCAUUCGCCGGCUUUUCCUUCAUCAACUCCAAACUGGAAAACAUGAUAAGCAAAUGAAAAAAAGAUGGCUCCCUUUGGGAACACUUGAGAGCACUUCGAAAUCGGCUAUUAGUUCAACUGGAUGGAUAACAAGAACAUAAAAAGAUUUGGGCUCGACUAUGGCUUCCUCGAUCAGAAGAUGAGAGAUAAAUAGAACCAGGAUGUUUACUGGCGUCUAAAGCAAUAAUCUUGUCUCAGCUGUCAAAACGGUUUAGUAUAAAUAAUAAUAUAAAGCUCCAGGAAAUUAAGGGAGAUUCUGAUGAAACAAGGCCAAAAUCGACAGUCAAUGAUUAAUCCUUCUUCUCUUACUCUUCUCUCAUUUUUCCUUGUGAUGACACUUUAAAUCUAUACGAAUGAUGUAAUGUACUGUAUCUGAUACAUUGGAAUUCACAUGCAUAACACCCUUAUUGAAUUAUACAAAUAAAUACACCCAGCAUUGCACAUGCAAGUCAAGUGAGUUUAGUGUGUGUGAGUGAGUGAGUGAGUGAGUGAGUGAGUGAGUUGAAUGAGUCCUCAGUAGAUCCCUCUGCCAGACAUAUUGGUAUCAUAGAAACUCUACUAUAUAGUUGGGUGAUCAAAUCCCUCUGUAAUUGAGGUAAUGUUAUUGCAGAGCUGAAUAGUUUCCGCCGUCACUGACUUGAGUGAUUGGAGGGGCUCUAGGCACAUCCCAGUCUCACAGUCUGUUUUUUUUUUAUAAUUUAGCACAGGAUUUCUACAAGGCAGUUUCUAGUCUUGUGUGCCAUUGUUGUCAAAAACAUCUUGCUGUACAUCAAACAAGCAUAGAACAAACAAUCAUUCCAUACUUAAUAUAAUUUUUUCUCUGGGCUGUCAGCCCUUACUGGACAGCAAUGGUAUGGUACUAUAGCUGUACAUCUAUGUGUGUUGAAGGAUGUGUUCAUUUGUGUGGGAGGGAUUGGCAUUUCAAUCUAAACAUUGGGUCUUUGAAAUGUGUAAUAUUACUUGAAUGUAGGAAUUUUAACAUGGAAAAUAAUAAUGCUGUAUAUGGGAAAUGAAUAUGUGCAUUCCAAUGAGCUGCCUGUAAGUUAAGGGUGUACUUUUUUUACUCUCCUCAACUUUUACAUCUGAUUAUAAAUACAUUGUAAACUCUUGAA